AAUCCUUCAUCAAAGCAUAACCCAUCUUAGUUCAUACCCAACCAAAUCGCCCCAACAGAAAGACCAUCCAAGUCUAAGGACAUGGCACGUGACGACGAGGACGACGACGCGCAGGCUCAAGCUCUGUCGCAGCUCCAUGAGCUCCAGCGCCAGAGUGAGGCCCGCUCGGCCCUGCGCUCGGCCAACAGCGCGGCCAACGUCGCGGAUGUUCGUGCUAAGCUGGCCACGCUCAAGCUCAAGUCGGACAUCAAGCGUUCGUCCGCCUUUGUCAAGAAGCUGCGCGUGCUCAGCGAGGCCAACGCGGACUCGCUACUGCGCGAUGCGGCCGAGCUGAAUCUCACCAGAUACGUAAGCGAGUGUGUGGCGGCGCUGGCGGACGCUCCUCUCAAGGCGGCGGAUCUGCCGGCCGCUGUCAAAGUGGCGUCACUAUUACAUCAGCGAUACGAGGACUUUGCACCGGGCAUGGUGCGCGCACUGGUGAGCAGCUUCGAGGCCUCGUACGCCUCGGAAGACAAGAGCAAAAUGCUCAAACGCCGACUUAUCCUACGUUUACUAUGCGAACUUUACCUGGCCGGCGUCUUUGACGACGUCCAGGUGAUCGCACACAUCAUCCAGCGAGUGGCCAAACGUGAGCAGCCUGGGGCCAAGAAAGGCCGAGGUAAUAUGUCCACCUCAGGCUCUAACACAGGCUCGCAGCAGCUGGAAGUGCCGCUACUCGUGAGCUUCGCCAAGUCUGUGGGUGUGGAUUUUCUCGGCGUCCAGCCGAAGAAAUUUAAGGAAUUAGAGAAGAUUCUGGAGGGAAAUGAAGAGUUCGAGAAGUUCCUGGAGUCUCAGACGCCCGUAGUGCUGCAGAAUGUGCAGCAGGAGUGUCUGAGUUGCUAUCUGGAAGCUUACGAGAUGAUCUGCAAGUUUUAUCUGGCACAACACGCGACGUUCUUGAAACUGGACGCGAGAAAUGAGAAGGAGGAAGCCAACCGAGGAGAAGUGACGGAGGAGCAUGUGCAGGAGCUCAAGAACGCCAAAUUACUGUUCGAGAAGCUGCAGACGAGCGUGAAUUCACUGGCCGACGCGCUAGAUCGAGACGUACCGCCCUUGCCAGUGGAGGAAAAGGACGACGGAUCAGGAAAUGGAAGUAUUCUCGUCUGGGAAGGAGGCGACGGUGCUGGCCGUGAACUGAGCAGAGAUGGGCCUUUUGAUGACGAAGCCACACGCUCCUUUUACGAAGAUCUACCGGACUUAUUGGAGCUGGUUCCUGCGGUUGUGUUAGGCCUUACGGAAGCUGAUGUGGCGGAGCUCAAGAAGAAGAAAGAGACGGCUGCCGCUGCUGAAGAAGAGGCUGAAACUGAGAUCGAAGAAGAAGUUUUGACGAACGCCGAUGACGACGGAAAAGACGACGCAGACGACACUACACUGGAGGAUUUAGAGACUAAAGACAGCACAGUCAUCCAUCCGGAAGAAGAGGAGAGUAAAGCGAAGGAAGACACGAGUGAUGCCAGCGCUGAUACCUCCUCAACCCCUUCAAACAGUUACCACCAUCAAUUGGACGCCUACUUCGCAUCUCUGGAAGAUUUGGUGAAUCGAGACCGGUGUGAUAAGGCAGCGGUUGAGUUUUGCUACCGCAACUCGAAGGCUACACGCAGUCGUCUUGUCAAGACGCUGUAUGCAGUGCCACGGACUCACUUGGAGCUGCUGGCUCACUAUGCACGUCUUGUAGCCACGUUGCAGAGCGUGCUUAAGGAGGACAUCGGCGGCGAGCUCGUGAGUAUGUUAGUGGGCGAAUUCCACGGCUUGAUCAAGCGUCGGAACCAGUUUCGCCUCGAGUCGAAGAUCAAGAACAUCCGCUUCAUAGCAGAACUGGUCAAGUUCCGGAUCUGUCCACCCAAUACUGGAUUUCGAUGUCUGCAACGGUGUUUCCAGGACUUCCAGGGCCACAAUGUGCAUGUGGCGACGACAUUUCUCGAGAACUGCGGCCGGUUCCUGUAUUGCUCCAAGCACACGCAUGCCCGCACAGUUAAUUGCUUGAAUGUCAUGAUGAAGCUGAAGGCAGCCAAGCAUUUGGACCCGCAAUUGGAAACUCUGGUGGAAAACGCCUACUACAUGUGCAAACCGCCCGAACGCGUGGAGCGCCAAGUGAAGCAGUACGAUCCGAUGUAUCUGUAUCUGAUUAAGGUUCUGUUCCAAGAUCUGAAUGGUUCGAAUGUGAACAAGGUCGUUAAGACGCUGCGUCGACUUCCGUGGCAAGAUAGUGGCACCUGUGAAAUGGUGCUGAAGGCUUUAUUGAAGGUGACAAAGGGCAAGGUGUUGCAGAUGAAGUGGAUUUGCGAGGUGGUGAAGGGACUAUCGCGAUACCACGAUCAAGUACUGGUGUUGCUGGUGGACGACGUGUUGGAGUAUAUUCGGUACGGCCUGGAGGUUAAUGACUAUCGCGAUCAUCAGCGCAGUCUCGGAUAUGUGAAGCUGUUAGGAGAACUCUACAACUGUGGACUGGUGAGCAUGAACGUGGUAGUGGAGACGCUGUAUCUGUUGAUCAACCACUCGCACGACCUGCUGACGUUGCCACAGUACAGUAGCGACAAACUCACAGCCGCUCAGUUGUUGGAGAUGAAGAAGAGGUUCCUGCUCGUACCGGACAUGCGCUAUGACCCUCGUGUGCCCAGUGAAGUGGACGGGCCGACUGAAGUGUUCCGAAUUCGCCUUGUUAGUGCAUUGAUCGAGACUUGUAAUGGCAGUGGAAGUGUGGGUCACGGCAAUUCAACCGAGAGAGGCAUCUCGCGACCACGACUUGGUCGCUUCAUGAUCUUUUUCCAGCGAUAUCUCUUCUCCAAGACGGACGUGCCCAUGGAGACCGAGUUCGUCGUGUUCGAUCUCUUCGAGAUGCUUGGAAGUAGUCUAAAGGAUCAUUUCAAGAAGUUUGACACGUGGGAGGAGGUGGAUCAGGCGGUUCAGGAGAUUCUUCGUGGAGAUAUGGAGGAAGCCGAACGCCGCUUGUCGAAGAAGAAUGCAGCGUUGCUUAUGGCCACCAACGGUCUCGACAGUGUCGCUGAGGAUUCAACGUUGUCUCAACCAGGUGACGAAGAUGACGAGUCCAUUGAAGACGAGGAAGAAGAUACGGACGAUGAUGAAGACGAUGAUGACGAGCAUGAUGACGAUGAAGACAAUGACGGUGAAGAAGACGAUGAAGAGGACGACGAUGAAGAAGACGAGGAGGAUGAAGACGAUGACGAGGAGGAAGAGGAAGACGAAGAAGAGCUCCUGAUCAUCCACGACCGCAUCCAGAAGAGCGAAGAGGACGAAGAGUUCGAAAAGGCCUUCAAGUCGAUGAUGCACGGCACUGCGGAUACACGCAAGCCAGCCGCUCGCGUGAACGUGGACAAGAUGGCGAUUCCUACCGUUGUCAAGAGCUCGGCUGUUCUGACCCCUGCAGGUUCUCGUGGUGCUCUCUCUCUCGAUGCGAAUGGAUCUCCCGAUGGCGUGGUGUUCCGCAUGCUCCGUCGUGGUAAUAAGGGCAAAGUGGAGGCGCGCCAGCUGGUCGUACCGGAGGCUUCAUCGCUGGCUCAGCACAGUCACCGCCAGGAAAACGCUGGAAAGAAGGAACAGUCGGAACUGAAGCGUCUCGUGCUGCAGAACAUGGAGCGUGAUGACUUCAUGAGUGACGGUCCGCCAAUGGAUGGUAUCCCUAGUUUCGGUCCCCCGCCGCGUGUUCCCGUCAACUUUAGUAACCAAGGAGCAAACCAACAGACCAGCGAGGCUCGCAUGGGCUUCGGAGGUGGCAGCGAGUGGAACAACGCCGAGUUCGGGCUACGUCGGGGCAAAGGAUACCGUGGCACCAAGUAGAUUUCUACUGUCAACACGUAAAUGGGAUCGACGGAUACGAAGCCAGACUUGGCGCUGUACUAGUGAGGAGUUACGACUGCAGCUGGUCCAUUCGAGGAAGAAAUGGCUUCGAAGUACUGCUUGGAUUGACGAAUGUCUGGGCUAUUCAUGACCAUCACAGCGAUCACAGCGCAAGUCCGCGUUUCUCGUUUUCGGUGUUGUCCGCGCAUUGAAUUAUCGUCAAGCUGGAAGAGCAAGUGCCUAGCUUAUUCCCACCAAUAUAGUGGUAAGUUUAAGAGGAAACGCAGUUGAAACGCAUAAAGCGUAAGCACUUGGGAGGAAAACACGCGGGGCUGACGAUAGUUUGCAGACCACCUCAGCUGAAUAAUAUCGUUACCAAAGGAAUAUUGUUCUGGUUAAGAAAUUAUUUUGUUAUAAUGUUGAUUACUGUGUACGAAAAUAUUAUCAAAUCCUGC